AUGGAGUCGCUGUUCGUGCGGUCGCUAGCGCUGGGAGCGGCGACGGACGACACACAGACGCUGGCCAGCGCAUCGAGGACGACGGCCGACGCAACGUUUGCCGUGGCUAGCGGUCGAGAGGGUGUGAUCCGCGUGUAUGCGGCCUCGUGCUCGGCACUGCUACACGAGUUCUCGUGUAUCCACAGUCGUGUGUACACGCUGCACUACACAAGCUUUUCGGACAGUUUGGUGACACUAGAAAGCGACGUGAAGGGGGAUGACGACGAUGAGGACGCCGAGACCUUCCUGUGCGUCUACCACGACUGGCGCGAGCGCAAAAUGGUGCGCGGCUACACAUUGCCUCUAGGCGUGUUGGAGAGCCCAUCAUCCAACCGCAAGGCGGACUGCGUGGCCGUGUGCAGCUUCACAGGCCGCGUUGUAGUAGCAAUGGGUUCAGUGCUUAACAUCUGGCAAUGUAGCCACGGCUUCUUCGAACACGUCAUGGAGCUUACGGUGGACAUGGCACAGCGUCACGCCUUCCUACAAGUCGAGUACGUGGCUAUCCAUGGUGUCUAUGUUGCCUUUGCGUCACAGACAGAGGUUCGGGUCAUGGAGAUCCACGUUAGGAGCUCCAACGACGUCGAGGAGGCGCCGAAAGUGGACGCAGGGCUGGAAAAGACACUGACCAUCGAGGACCACAAUGGUAAACAAGAAGACGGAGACGGAGUACCUCCAGACUCGUCACAAUGUGUGGAGAUCUCGAGUUUUGAAGACUUGAACGCAUUUGUUGAGGUUCCAGUAUCGUGCUCAGCCUACAGCACAGUAGAAGCCGAUACAAGACGUGAACAAGAUGAACGACGGAUCUUUGACGAGCAGGAACAAACGCCCAUGGUACUGGGACGCAACGAAGCUCAGCAGGAAGUGUGGAACCUUGCAGGGCUGGUAAAAAGCCAGGAUAUUCGUACAAACCAAGCCAUGUCGUACUUUAUCGGAGAGGACGACGUGAGUGUGCUGCUGCAACGCUAUUUGCCGCCGAAUCACAGUGUUCGAUCACUCAAGUUCCUCCCGGAGACCAUCGACAACAGAGUUUGCGUCGAGACGAGGAGCUACACGCGUCUACUGGUAGCGACGGACAAACAUGCUUUUCUGUAUUAUUUCUUGUCGGAAGAAGUCGAUUCCACCAGGAAGAAAAUGUCCAAGAAAGUGCUGGGCAAGGGCGAGCGAACAAAGUCGAGGGGUAUGCACAAGCCGAUUAAAAUGGGGAAAGUUGUGGUGGGACAGAGUCGAGACUCGUUUACAAGUGUGGAGAGCGAAGACGAAGAAGACGGCGAAGCCGACAGCUCGACGGAGUCUGGGCGUGUGGUGAUGCACUACACCUUCACGUCUGCAGUCACUAGCAUCACAGCCAACAGCUCGUUUCUGUUUGUUGCGACGCUGUCAGGCCUACAAGUCUGGUCCAUUUGGAGUCCGUGUCACUUCAUGGCCGCCAGUCGCGCAUUAAGCAAGUCGCUAGUGCCUCAGCCGUCGCAACCUCAACUCCUGUGCACACAGCCUAUCCCAUACCCGGUAUCUCAGCUUGCUGCACUAGAUUCGUACGUUGUAUUACUACCGCAAGUAAGUUCGUUGGCGUAUCGGCAUGAUAUCAUGCACAUGGCUAGUCUCGCUGCAGCUGAGCGUCUUCCAGAGGCUGAGUUUGAACUGCGUCCGCCUCUCGACAGUACAGAAGACCAAUCUCAACGUAGUAUCCUGAUUUUCCAGCAAAGUCCGCCGUCUUUGGUCUUUUCGUAUGUGCGGCAAGGCGUGUUGUCUACCGAUGGCGACAUGAAGCCGUUCCAGAUCGACUUAUUGCUCAGUUUGUUCUCAUUGUAUCGCUAUCGUGCUGACGUGGGCUCCGAUCUGCUUCGUCUUGCCUCCAGUAAUGGUGCUACUCGAAAAGAAGCGGCUGUCUCGAUAUCCGACCGAAAGGAGGAGCUGGCUCUUGAGCUUGAGACGAAGCUAUACGACCGUCUCGCUGGGGAAUGUGCAGCUGUUCUGGCGGCAGUUUUCAUGUCGAAACACCAUCGCAACUUAGAGCGCGCUGCGCUCUUGUUUGUUGCGUCGAACGUUCCUUCGAUUGAAGUGAUGCAGCGACUUCAGGCGAUCGUUGGGAUAGUGGACCGCUCGGAGGUUAUCCGAGCAACGGGGAAAUAUCUCGAGGCUUUCGUGUUCCCCCCGCCCGAAUCGCUUGCUGACGUUUGUGCCCCUCAACAAAAGCAAAAGGCAAGUGCCGAUGACGCGAAGUUCACGAGGAUUGUGUUGUUGCACUAUGGCAAAUACUUUCCCGAACAACUUUCACGGUUGAUUGUGGACUCGUCCUUGAAGUGGACACUGGAAGACAUCGCAUUUGCGCUUGAGAAGUUGGAGGAAUCGUCGAGCCACAGCGUCCUCGUCAAAAUUGCAAGACUUGUAUUACAGUGCUCGCAUCCCAACAUGGUGGCGAUAGUGGACGAUUUGUUGGUGAACCACGUAGAUGCGCUGAUCCACUUGACAGUGACACAUCCAGACCUGCUUGUUCAAGAGGUAACGAUCGAUAAGGGCGGGCCAGGCUACACCAGACACUUCUCCAGCUCGAAAUUAACCAAGGCACUUCUGGAGAAGGCUCCGUCAAGAUACUUGGACAUCUUGGAGCGGAUUUUCAACAACGCAAUCGGCCGCCAAGAAACGAUUCAGUCCACGUUAUUGUUUUGCUUGACUGCGAUUGGCGAUGCCGCAGCGCCAUCAGCAUCAAAAAUUGCUUCGAGUGGAUCGUCUUCGUCCGAUGACCAGGAUACGGCAUUCGUUCCUGAUCAGGUGCUUGUCCUUCGCUUCCUGGUGUUCGUGCUUCAGAUGUUCCCGACGCUUGAGCAGUUGAGUGAGAGGGAGGAAGUACAAGACGACGAAGAAGAUCUGCAGAGUGCCAAGGCGGCGGUGGCGGCAGAGUUGACGCGUCUGUGUGUCAAGUUGUGCUCUUGCUUCCACGGGUCACAGAAUAGCGACGACCACGGGCGUGUGGAGGCGACUGUGUGUGAUCUGUUUGAGCCGAUAGUCUCACAAUCAGCUCCUCAUGGGACUCUCCCGGGAUGGGUGCAAGAGUACUUGAAGACGCGCUGUCUGCCAGAGACGCCAAGACUUCGCAGAACCCUGGAAUAUCUUUUCUAUCAGGCGCUGGGACUGCUGCAUCAGAAGGCCUUAAUUCGCCCUCAGGACGUUCUAUCGGUGUACCAAAACGAUUUGGCUGCUCUCGUUGUUCUCCUCACUCUGCCUCGCGUUUCCAGAACGGUGGACGGAUUGAAACUCAUCGCACAACGUGCCGACUUCAUUAACUUAUUCUUGCCGUACGGUAAGAGCUUCUGCGUUACACUGGAUGAGUGGCGCUUCUUGAUCAGCACACUGUCGUCCAUUUCCGAGAAUGCAACAGAGAGCGCGAUCCUGGAGAAUAUUCUCAACCACGUGUGCUUGACUCUCAGCCCUGAAGACUUGCUCCAGGUUCUACCCGACGACGGGGAUAUAGCGCUGUACAUGUCGACGAUAGAGGUCAGUAUGCGGUUGGACCAGGUCCGCGAAAAGCAGCGAGAUAGUCGGCUCCUGAAUGCCGUCGCCGGUUAA